CUAGUUGCAGCGCCAUGCUUCCUUUAAUGAAGCAAACAUGAGGUGCCUCAUACAUUUGCUGAUAGCGGGCGUUUUUGGAGACGAUGCCAGUUGCAGCUUGCAGAAGCCACAUGUUCGUUCCGCCAGCUUGAGCCUCACCUCACGUGCCUCGACAGCGACACCUGAUCUUUGGUCAACUCCCUCGGGGUUUCGUCAGUGUCCCCCGGUUUCAGCCAUACAAGCCGGAUCGCCUUUGCCCAGCGUGCCAGCAAGCAUUUUGCCACAGAAAAUCCAGUGUUCGCCAGGCUGCACUGUGAUCGGCAAUUUUGUUGAUGACCUCUAUGAGUUUUCCUGUUGUUGCAGUGGUCAGCUCUGUCAGGGCUGCCGGAGAUUCAGUGAAGGCGUUUGCCAAGAGUGUGCUGCCGGAUAUGUGAUGCAGAAAAUUCCCAUUAUGAACAUUUCCAAGUGUUUCAUUUGCGACGACGUGCCGAAUUGGCAUGACAUGCACGGUCGGAGCUGUGCAGAUCUAAAACACCUUCACAUUUGUUCUGGCUCUUGGCCACCACAGGAUCAGGAUUUGGCAUAUCAUGGAGUGAGACCCAGCGAGGCGUGUUGUGCAUGUGGUGGUGGAAAUGUAUAUCCAACCCCUUCCUUUAUGAAGCUAACUGUGGAGGCCCUGCAUUUUGGCCAGCAGAUCCACUCAACUCCAGAACCCAUCACCUCCAUAGCUCAGGAGGUUGAACCAGGAUGUGCUUUUGCAGCAUCCGGGCUCCAAUUGCUUCCUGACGGUCGUGUGAAGGGUGUGGUCAAUGUCCCAAACAACACCGUGCUUGAAUGCUCAACCGUGUCCGUGCAAGAUCCUGUCCGGGGUAUAAUCAGCAGCACUGAAUAUUCGGUGCCCGUCUUCCGCUUUUCAUACGGACAGCAGGUGGUCAACUUCAAAUUUUAUGGCUUGGACCAGCAUCCGUCACCAGACAGAAUUCCAUUGCAAGCAUCCACAAAGGAUUUGACUGGCUUUCAGAAGCAGUGUGAUCCAAAGUGCCCGUGGUUCAAAGUUGAUUCAACAGGUGACCUGCUCUUUGUGGCCGAAGGCGCCGAAGGAAGGAAGACGUUCCCGCAAGGAUUAAAAUCACAGGUUACCGAUAUGCCUGGAAUGCCUUCCUGCAGCUGCUACGUGCGGGCAUCUCAAUCAAAGACCGAGUUCGUGGCGGCACAGGUACGUCUUUGGCGAGCUGGUGUGUGGAAGGUGCCGAAGAUGGUUGCCCGCGUUUCCGCAGAAAUGCCUGAGAUACCUCUCAUUGAGGACUUGGGACCUGGCUGGCAAUGGUACAAUGGUUCUGGACAUGAUUUCCAGCUCCCAGUGGUUGAGGAGCUCUCUACUGGAAAGAAGUUCAUUGUGUCGGAGGCCACCCCUCCAGAUAUAUUGGAUGUGAGUUGUAGGACUCCGAGCACUGAGCUUACAUGGUCGCAGACCACAGGUGAGGUGAAACUACAAGGAGAAACAGCUUUUCGAUUAGAUCCCGUGACUGGCGCGAUCUCUGGCACGCCGCUUCUCAGCUUUCUCUCUGCUCAGGGACGUGGCGAGGUGAAUGUCACCUGCAAAGUUGCGAUUGGAGGCCCACUCUAUGACAAGGUCCUGCCAGUAGCAACAUUUAAUAUCCUGAUCCAGGAUGAGGUGUGUUGGGUGCCGCGGCACAUCUCAAGUGUGACCUUGGUUGACGACUACCCUGACCACCCAGAUUCAAGUGACAUGGAGGAAGCAAAAUGCAUACAGAUUUGCCGUGCUCGAAUGGAUUGUGCAGCAGCUCGCGUGUGGUUCUCGCAUUGCUUGAUUAUUGCGAGUCACCUGAACAAUCCUCGGCCGGACCCGGACGGAGGCGGCAUGUAUUUGGUUCGAUUGAACAAUUGCUCGGAGCAAACUUCGGAACUAAAUAUUACAGUCCCAGGUGCUCAAUAUCUUCAAGGAACAUUUUCGGCGAUGAAUGUGUACCACGGAGAAGCAUCUUAUUCUCGGGCUGGAUUUAACCCAGAACGUCAAUUGCUGUUGGUCCGAAAAGCCAACGUGCAGCAGGCCAUAAGUGACUUUUGCGCAGAGUCCAAGUGGCUGCUUUUGCACAUCAACUCUUCAGACUUUGAGGAUGGUUCGCUCGGCUCACAAAACGCUCCAGAAUUUUUUGGAGAUCCCAUGGCUUGUGUGAAUUCCGAUGUCGUAAGCCAUGCUUUCAAAGAUGGCACGGAUGACUUUAACAUGAGGCUCUUGCCAAACCAAAUUGCGGAACCGGACUUGGACCAUAUUUAUCAGGAUGUGUCCCAGCUUCAAAAUGCCACCAUCUCUUUGGCUUUGCCAUCCUGUCCAAAGCCCGAGAAUGAUGAUUUCGUCUUCGGCACAGUCGAGACUCCUGGAAUUUACACACUUCAGCCCUGCGAAUGCUUCGGAGCGGCACACGCAGCUGCAGCGCCAGUUGAUGAAGCUUCAGAUGCUGCCGUUCCCCGCAAUCAGGAUGGCUACUUCAACAACGGUUCAGUUCCAGACCAGUUACUCUUCUCGGGGCCCUACACAUGCGAAGAAAAUGCAGCUGUGAGGCACAUCUCUCCUUCAGAUUAUGAUGGAUGCCAGCAGGCAUGUGCUUCAGACCCAGAAUGCAAGUUCUAUUUGCUUGGAAAGACGGCUCAGGCUUGCACUUUGUUCCGGCAUUGCAACUACAUACAGGAUGUUGGCUUGGAAAUUGAGAAUAGCUUGUACGGUAUACCACCCAAGAACUCUUCUUUCUGCCGCAUCGCAAAUCCGGAACAAUGUUGGCAAGAUGUCAAGAGACGGAGCAUGCUAAGUCUUACACCCUCAGACAUGCCAAAGUGCCUUUUCCAAGAGCAGUUUGAUGCCUGUGAUGCACUUCAGUUACUUCUUGGGAAAGAAGAUGGCGCAUGUGCUCGUUGCCAAUACAUCAAUACGGAUCAAUUUGGUCCGUCGUCUUCGACAUCGAACACCGUCUCUUUGGGUAUGAGCAAAGUGCCGCUUCCGGAGACUUUCCUUUCCGCUUCGCAGGUCACCAUCUCUUGCAGCGACACCUCCAGAAUCUUUGCGAGUCACGACGACGGUUUGAAGUGGGAAGGCCCUCGCCAAACUCCAGUGACCUUUACAUGUGUCAGCGGUGUAUGGAUUGGCGAACCUGGUGCCUGGCAAGACCUGUCAAACUUCACGUGCCAGAGAUGUCUCCAAGUUGGUAGCUCAAACCUUCAGCGAUUAUCGCUCGUGUCAAUGCCAGAAGUAUACUUCCUGGAGCAUCGGCAGGUGCAUAUCACAUAUCCCUUUGCCACUGUCGGCUGCUCCAGAGCUGGUGCCCUUACGGCGGCUCCACUGCUUUCGCUCGGUGCCGAGAUGUACAUUAAUGUGGUGAACGCGGAGGACCCAAGGUUGACGGUGUCCUUGACCGAACGAGAGACACUUUGGUGGAUUGACACUGCUACAGAACGACUCCGUGUCAAAGCCAAUGUGUUGGAUUCAUCACGACAGUGGUGUGUUUGUGCGGAUCCUCCUUUGCGCCCAUGUUGGUGCCCAGGCUCAGAGUCCUCGGAGUCCUCCUUGAAAGAGGGCGAUUCCCAGUUCCUGGUGGUUGAGCGAGGCUUGCUCAAGGGACCCCAGGAAAUCCAGAGGAAGUGCGUUCGGGUGGAACAGAAGGAUGAAGAUACUCGUUUGACUUUGGCCGAUUGCCCUACAAAGCCAGAUGUGGAGUACCUGUGGUAUUUCCAAUCUGGCAACUGUUUUUUCGGUUUUGACAUCACCAACACUGCGCAGAAGCUUUGGUCCGCCACAUCCGAAGCGUCAAAUGCCUCGCUGCUAAAGCUUGGGAAUUUGGCCUUUUCACCGCAGACUGGCCCAGUGGAAGGCCAUUUCCGCAUCGCUCUAUACUAUGACCUUGGCAAUCUCACACUCUGCCUUCACGCCGAUCUGAAUCAGCCCCAAGGCCCUGGGCAUGCCAUGGUGGUAUCAAGCGAUUGCAGAUCAUUCUUUGCUUGGCAGAACGAGCGUCUAGCAUAUUUCCAUUUGGGCAAUCAGACAGCCACUUAUUUUGUGCAGAUGACGACCAACAAUGGAUCAUCCGUGUUGUUUGUUGCAGAUCACUUGGUUCCAGGUGCCACAUCGCAGUUUGACAUCUUCGGAUCUCAAGGCAAAUUCAAGCCUUUGGAUGACCUUUCUAAAUGCUUGCAGGCGAAGAAGGAAAGCUUCGCUCCCACUCAGAGCUAUUGGGGCCCAAGAACACGUGUGAUCUUCCCGUGGGGACAACUGCCGUACAACCCUUGCUAUUCUGUUGGCAGUCUGGAAAUCACAAUUCACAGGGGCUACACAGCAGACUAUGCAUGGCAGAAGUGUCACACUUCUCCUUUCCUGGAGAAAUACGGAGAGACGACGUGGCAUGACGUACAGGAGGUGUCUGACUUCACUCCUGAAUGUCCACAUCCAACGAUUCUCACGGAGAUGGUGUGGCCGAAGGAAUCUCCUAAUCCUGACUAUUCGAGAAAAGUGAAUUAUUCUUUUGGUUGCACACACGUUGGAUCGAAAUAUGCACAAGAAGACCCUGAAGAUGUGGAGCAUUCUGUGUCUCCUGCGGCACAGAUUCUAUUUUUCAAUUGUGAUGACGAUGCUUUGAUGUCUGGAAUCAAAUUUAAAAAGGCUGAAACGCCGAUGGUGUAUUGUCGGAGAUACAAGACCGAUAUCAAUUCAGAUCCUGCUCAUGAGACCCCCGUUCAGUUUGAGGACUGCAGUGACAUUGCGACGCAGCACUGGAAGAUCCAGACGAACGAUUUACCUGGAGUUAUGGAACUUCAGAGCUGCAAAACAUCUCUAUCAGUCGUCACAGACGCAAUCAACAGCUUUGCAAACCCUGAUGCUGAUGCAAAGCUUCUCAACUUGACAAUUCCAAAUUUCGACAGUUUUUCCGCCAAGGAGAAAGAGUCAUACACUACGGCCCCAGCAAUUCAUAUUGUGGCUGCGAAUCUUGAUCAGAUUCUAUUCAGUUGUUUGCCAGGUGAAGCAACAAAUGUCCAGGUGCAGGGGCGCUCGACACUUUGCGCAAGCAACGCUGCUGUGAAAGUCAGCGAUUUGUGCCAAGCAAGAAGCAUCUUCCGAAGCCAAUAUCAACCACAAGUUGUUCAAAAAACAUGUCCUGUGCUGAUGGAAGAGUCUGCUCAGAUCGAGCCGAGCAUUGCCAUUGACACUGCUAGUGGUGGCAUGACCAUGGGCCAGCUGAGUGAAAUUCUUCGAGACCAAUCCUAUUACACGGUGCCCUUUGGAGACCCCCAUGACCUACCCUUCAACUAUACAGGGAAUGCUGCAGACAUUGACAAGGUCAUCAGUGUGGGCUUCUUAAGUGUGCAGUCUGGUGGAGGUGUUUGGGGACUCAGAUGUCCCCCAGGUGCUGUGGUGGCAUCGGACAAGUCAACCCUGCCAUAUUGCCUGCAGAUAGAUGCUGGCGCAGAGAGAGUCUUCUAUGCAUUCUCUGGCUCAAUCAGUUGUCCAGAGGGCAGCGCCGUCAGCGGUUGGUAUAACUUGCCCGGGUUUCCAGUACAAGCAGGUUCUUUUGGUGGCCCAAGCAAUGCCACAGGCUUGCGCCUUUUCUGCCGCAUGACGGCUUUGCUCUCAUCUUGCCAGCAAGCAACAACGUCUUUUUGCCAGGAGGAAGGGGUAGUCACUUCCGUGAGCUAUGACUCCAACCAGUUCAAACUCGGGUGUUGCCGGUUGCAGAGGCGGUUGGGCAUGUCGCUAACAUCAAGUCCACGAAGUACGCUGAAAUAUGAGAGCUUUGCUGGGUACUAUUGUCCCAUCAGAAUUGACAUCACAGGCGCUCCUAUUUACAAGAAGACAUUGAUAAAAAGCAUUGGCGAGCCACUACUGAACACGACCAGGAACGAGUGGACUUUGAACUGGAACAGGUUCCUUAACCGCUGGGAAUUGCGAGAGGAUCAGAAACUCGUUGAAGUUUUAUCAGGAGAAGCAGAAUGUCCAGUGGCCGUGAAUGCUUCAGGUUUUUCGUUUUCAGCCACAUAUAUCGAACCGCUGACUGCAGCCUAUGUGAUACAACCCAAGCCAAAGCCGCUGCUCCCACAGCAAAAGCCGGAGCAGCCCAAACUCUUGACAUUCCAUCCGGAAGAACCAGAUUACAAGGAAUAUUGCGAUCCCGCAUAUUUGCAAAACCCUUUUGCAUUCCAAGCAGCCGACUCCAUUUCAGAGAGCAACCCAUGCUUUCAUACGUUCAAUGCUCAACCUGCAACAUUAGACCCAGCACCUGAUGCACCUCUACUGAAAGGAAUUACUGAGCAGGCAUUUUGGCAAUGUGGCGAGCGGAGCAAGAGGCGAAGCUACAUGAGCAGCAUGACUGUGGCAAACAAGGCCCAGCUUGACAAAGAUGUGUCAGAUAAACAAGAACAGCUGGAGCAAAUUACGCUUGGCCUCGAACUGGCUGCAGCCAUUGUUGGCAUGAUUCCUUGGGGAAGCUACGCCGAGCCGGGCUCGAAAGGAGCAGAAGAGAUGCAAAAGCAAGUCGGAGCGCAGCAAGUCGGGUUGUUAAAGAACAACUUGAAAAAAAAGGCUCGCGACUUGCAGAAGCAAGCUGGGAAGAACAUUGGAAAGACGUUCAAGCAAAAGGUUUUGGAUGGCAUGAAGAACUUCUUGAAAAGCACUGCGAACAAUUUGAAAAACGGGUGGAAGUGGGGGAAGAAAAUGGCUGGGAAAGAUGGUUGGGACCUCUACAAAGCUGCCUUCAAGAUGGAUGUCCCGAGAAGAACAUCGAGCUAUGAAGAUGAGAAAAGACCGAAGCCCCCAACUCAAGGAGAAUUCGAGAAUAUGACUGCCGAGCUCAUCGAUCAGACAGUUCCACAGCUGAGUGGAUCCUAUGCCGCAGAUCUCUCAGCAUUGGCAGAAGCUGGGUGGAAAGAUUGUCUUCCCAUCCAGUUUGGCUUGUCCAAAGUCAUGUGUGACCUGUUUUGCAUUGAAGAUGCCGUAACAGCGGGUACUUCUGCAGUCUUGGAAAGUUUGCAAUAUUCGCAUUCGGUGCUCAUGACGAAUAUCCAAUCAUUGCUGGAUUACCAGACGCAGUACUUGCUGUGGGCAAUUGGCUCAGUGAUGGAUUCAAAGAAGGUACAGCAGGAACCGCAUGAGAUGCUCUCCGCAUCUGCUUUGUUGGAAGACAUGCGCCACCUGGAUCUCGCUGACAUGCCAAACCUGGGCCGGGAGAUUCUGGAUUGGCAUCAAAGAGCCGGCAACGAGCUCUUAUCACGAGUAGCUGGUAUGUAUAUCAAUGCGUCGACCGCCAAUUGGCCUCACAGAAUAAAAUUGAUCAAGGGCAUGCUGCAGCAUUAUCACUCUAGUCUCCACGAACGCCUUCGAGAACACCGGAAGUUGCCUGCUUCUUCUGCUGCCCAAAAGCAGAUCAAGAGCAAGUUGCAGCUGCUUCGCGAUCAAGCGUCAGAACACCGAGAAAUUGCGCAUGUGGUCAAAUCAUUGCGGAUGCAGCCUUUCCAACCUUUGACUCUGGAUUUAAAUGACCAAGUGGUGUGGACGUCCGUUUUGGAAUCGUUUCUUCGAAACCAUGAGAAGCAUGACGCCUUCAUCAUGCUGAACUUGAAAGCUUUGGACCAAGCUGAGUACGCGAUCAGUUUGGCUCACAAUUUCUCCCAAUGCGCAGGCGCUGACACCGCGGUGCUACGAGAGGCCUGGCAACGAGCCAUGCAGGCCGAGGAAAAAAGUAGCGAAGCGUUGCUGGACGCAUGGUCCGCAAGCAUCACCACAUCGGAGCGUGUGGAAGUUGCCGUGAAGGAUCAAGGCUUCUUAGACCAUUUGGUCCAGAAUGUCGGCCUUGGAGAGAUCGCCGUUGAUGGAGUUCAGUGUGGCAACGGAACUCGUCGCAUGCAAGAGCUCUAUGGACGAGCAGUAUCAACGGCAGUUGCAUCCCUGCACCCACUGGCAAUGCAGCUCAAUACGUUUGAGGCAGCAAAUCCUCUACUGAAAGGAUAGGCAACGAUCACUGACAAGGCCAUCGGCAGCACCGCACAUUCCAAAGCAUGAGGUAUGGCAUCAGGAGCGGCAGCUGUUGCAUAGGAGGCUCGACUACAUCCCGCGUGGAUCUACUCCCGCAUCCGGUGAGCUGAAGAGGAUAUUGACCGCAAUUUCGGAUCCUUCGCAACCUCAAGGUCGUGCCUUAGCUUUGCGGGCAGCGAAGCUCUGUAAACCAAACUGCACAGAUGAUGCUUGGAGCGGAGCACUUGAGCUUCUUCAACCAGAACCUGUAAAGGCUCUUUUGUUGCUGUGACCGACAAGCGGUGCACAGAGAGUUCCAAAGCCAGCAGAAGACUGGUGAACAAGCAUGCUGCAAA